AUGGUUCUCUGGGUUUUUGGCUACGGCUCGCUGGUAUGGAACCCCGGAUUCGACUUCGAUGAGAGGGUCGUCGGCUGCAUCAAGGGCUACCGGAGAGUCUUCACACUCGGUAAGCCCGAGAACCUUCUUACCUACUCGCCGGAGAGAGCUGCUCUGGUUCUUACGUUCUUCAUCUGCAGCUUGCACGGAUCACAGAGGAACGGUGGAGAACCCCGCCAGAACCCUCACCCUGGAGGCCAGCGAAGGUGCCGUCUGUGUAAGUAUGGUCUUUUCUGCGCCGCCCUCCCUCCCAACAGCUCUCUUUUCCGUCACUUCGUCUGCCCUAACUUGGUCUCCUCUCUUCUCCUCUUCUCUCCUCUCCUCUCGUCUCCCAGUGGGGCGCUGCGUACCGUGUCAGAGGAGGACCGGAGGAGGAGAAGGCCGCCAUUACGGUACAACACUCUUCCUGGCGGCAGUCACUCGUUCUGUUAAAAAAAAUGUUCUUUGCCUGCUGACUUGACCGAUGAUGGAUGGUUCCUCGUCCAUCGUUGCUUCCCCCCAAGUACCUCGAGAAGAGAGAGUGCGAGUACGACCUCAAGACCUUCGUGGAUUUCUACAAGGUGGGCUGCAAGCUAGCAAGUCCUUCGUCAAGCUCUCCGUGGUUUUGUUUGUUCUCAUCUCUUUCUCUCUCCGACGCGUCUGGUUUUGACUUUUCCAGGAAGGAGAUGAUGCUGGGGGGUCUACCGUGAGUGGGGUGCUAGUGUGAGUAUCCGAGCGAGCUUCUCUCAUGAACCUUUUGACUUUGCGAUUCUCUCAUGAUCCACUUGACGUUGCAGGUUCACCUCCACUCCCGAUAAGACGGUCAACAAAUACUACCUGGGCCCGGCUCCUCUGGAAGACAUGGCGAGGUGACCCAUCUUCGCUGCCUCGUCUCUCUCUUUUUCUCUCUCUACCCUUGUUCCCUUGUUCUUCAACUGGGUGUCUCCUUCUUCCUCUUCAACUGAUUCUUCUCCCAUCUCAGGCAGAUCGCCACGGCCAGCGGGCCCUGCGGGAACAACAGGGACUACCUCUUUUCUCUGGAGACGGCGAUGGCGGAUAUUGGUGAGAACGGAGCCGAUCUGAGCUGAGCCUCGCCGGAUCCGGUUUUCUUCAUUGAAUCUUCGAUUCGACGAUCCUCGUGCUCUUCUAUAUUGGCAGGGCACGAGGACGACUCCGUGAUCGAGCUGGCGAAUGAGGUGAGGAAGGUGAUGGCGAGCCUACAACUUCUGGGAGCCGCCCACAUGGCCAUGAGAGCCCAUCAUCUCCCCCUCGUUCAGCACCUCCCGCCCCUCGCUGAGGCCGCCGCCGUCAUGGAUUCACGAUGA